CGAUAUUUGAUAGUCCUCGAUUAUCUACUGAUAAUGGCAACUGCAGUGCAGGUUGGUGAUUACGGAGUAUUGAGACAAGCCAUCUCCCAAACCCCAAUCCUUUUCUACGGUGGAAAAGCAAGCAACUAUGGCCCAUGGAUGCUAUGUUUCGCCAUGCUCCUCCACCCGGACUAUACGAGUCUCGCAGAUUAGGACCUUAGCAUAUCACCCUCACCUCUGCCAAUUCGAUGCGCGCGUAUACAAAGUCGUCUCCGUUGACCUCACCCAAGAUCAUAUGAUGGCUCACGGAGAUAACCAUAAAACUAGCCCCGAAGCAUAU